AUGCCGGGCCUGUGGUCCCUGCUUCUCCUCUGGGGUCUGGCAGCUCCGUGCUGGGGGCUGCUGGAGACGGUGGGCACGCUCGCUCGGAUUGACAAGGACGAGCUUGGCAAAGCCAUCCAGAACUCGCUGGUGGGGGGGCCCAUUCUGCAGAACGUGCUGGGGACGGUCACAGCCACGAACCAGGGCCUCCUGGGCUCUGGGGGGCUGCUCGGAGGAGGCGGCCUGUUGAGCCACGGAGGAGUUUUUAGCGUCGUUGAGGGGCUCUCCGGGCUGAAGAUUGAGGAACUCACGCUGCCGCAGGUGUCGCUGAAGCUGCUGCCGGGGUUUGGGGUGCAGGUGAGCCUGCACACCAAGGUGGGCCUGCACUCCUCUGGCCCCCUGGGGGGCCUCCUGCAGCUGGCGGCCGAGGUGAACGUGUCGUCGCGGGUGGCACUGGGUGUGAGCGCGCGGGGCACGCCCAUCCUCAUCCUCAAGCGCUGCAGCACGCUCCUGGGCCACAUCAGCGUGUUCUCGGGGCUGCUGCCCGCACCGCUCUUUGGGGUUGUGGAGCAGACACUCUUCAAGGUGCUGCCGGGCCUGCUGUGCCCCGUGGUGGACAGUGUGCUGGGCGUGGUGAAUGAGCUCCUGGGGGCUGUGCUGGGCCUGGUGCCCCUUGGGGCUCUUGGGUCUGUGGAAUUCUCUCUGGCCACACUGCCUCUCAUCUCUAACCAGUACAUAGAGCUGGACAUCAACCCCAUCGUGAAGAGUGUAGCUGGCGAUGUCAUCGACUUCCCCAAGCCCCGCAGCCCCAUCAAAGUACCUCCCAAGGACGACCACACGUCCCAGGUGCUCGUGCCUCUGUAUCUCUUCAGCACCGUGUUUGGGCUCCUGCAGGCUAACGGUGCCCUCAACAUAGACAUCACCUCUGAGCUGGUUCCCAGCAACGUCCCAUUGACAACCACAGACCUGGCAGCUUUGGUCCCUGAGGCCCUGGGGAAGUUGCCCCCAGGCAAGCUGCUCCUGCUGUCACUGCGGGUGACACAAGCGCCCACAGUCACACUGCAGAACAAGAAGGCCACGGUCUCCAUCGCAGCUGACAUCCACGUGCUGUCCUACCCCCCUAAAGGGACCCCUGAAGCCCUCUUCAAGCUGAAUGGGGUGGUGACGUUAAACGCCCACCUGGCUCCCUCGGCGACCAGGCUGCACCUCACCCUGUCCCUGGAACGGCUCAGGGUCACGUUGGCCUCGUCCUUUGCCCACACCUUUGACGCAUCCCGCUUAGAAGAGUGGCUCAGCAGUGUGGUCCGGGUGGCAUACGUGCCGAAGCUGAACGUGGACCUGGAUGUUGGAAUUCCCUUGCCGAAGGUUCUCAAUGUCAAUUUUGCCAAUGCGGCCCUGGAGAUCAUAGAGAAUGCCGUCGUGCUGACUGUGGCAUCCUGA